GGUCUGCUUACGCAGUCCGGCUCUCUUACUCCUGCCUCUUGUGAGAGCGUCCGAGUUCGCGUCGCUCUUCUCCCCUCUGCAGGUCCUUGCAUCUUUGCAGCGAGGGUCUGCCAUGCUUCAGGUUCAAACCUACAUGAGGAGGCUUCGCGUUGGUAGAGUUAGCCGAGCCUUUGUGGGAGCCUUUGGCAGGAGAGUAUGCCUCUUAUACCCGAGUCUCACUGCAGUUUACUGGUUUCUUCCUCCCUCUGGGCCUCCAGCUCUUGAACCCAUCAGCCUCCUUGCUGGUAACCUGUAGGUUGUUAGCAUAUGGGAACAGAGAAGCUCUGCACCUGCACCUUUUAUUAGGCCUCAUUCAUUUGAAGGAGGAAGAAAUAAAGUCGUCACAAGGAAUGACUUUAAGGAAGAAAUGGAGAGUGAGAGCAUUGUGGUCUUCAUGUCUGGAAAUAAAGCAGGGCAAGUCUGGGCCCCCGAAGGAUCCACUGCUUUCAAGUGUCUGCUCUCUGCAAGGUUGUGCGCUGCCCUUCUGAGCAACAUCUCAGACUGUGAUGAAACAUUCAACUACUGGGAACCAACACACUACCUCAUCUACGGGAAGGGGUUUCAGACGUGGGAAUAUUCCCCCGUGUAUGCCAUCCGCUCCUACGCUUACCUGUUGCUGCAUGCCUGGCCAGCUGCAUUUCAUGCACGGAUUCUGCAAACUAACAAGGGCUGUGUGCAAGAAGUUUGGGCUGCAUGUGAGCCGGAUGAUGCUGGCCUUCCUGGUGCUCAGCACAGGCAUGUUCUGCUCAUCGUCUGCAUUCCUUCCUAGCAGCUUCUGCAUGUACACCACGUUGGUUGCUAUGACAGGAUGGUAUAUGGACAAGACACCCAUUGCUGUGCUGGGAGUAGCAGCUGGAGCAAUCCUCGGCUGGCCGUUCAGUGCAGCUCUCGGUUUACCCAUCGCCUUUGACUUGCUGGCCAUGAAGCACAGGUGGAAGAGUUUCUUCCUCUGGUCCCUGGCGGCCCUGGUUCUCUUCCUGGUGCCCGUGGUGGUCAUUGACAGUUAUUAUUAUGGGAAGUUGGUGAUUGCCCCUCUCAACAUUGUUUUGUACAAUGUCUUUACUUCUCAUGGACCUGAUCUUUAUGGUACAGAACCAUGGUAUUUCUAUUUAAUCAAUGGAUUUCUGAAUUUCAAUGUUGCCUUUGCUUUGGCUCUUCUGGUCUUGCCACUGACUUUUCUUAUGGAGUACCUGCUGCAGAGAUUCCAUGUUCAGAAUUUAGGACACCCAUAUUGGCUGACCUUGGCGCCGAUGUACAUUUGGUUUAUGAUUUUCUUCAUCCAGCCUCACAAAGAGGAGCGGUUUCUUUUCCCCGUCUAUCCACUUAUAUGUCUCUGUGGCGCUGUUGCCCUCUCUGCACUGCAGAAAUGCUAUCACUUUGUGUUUCAACGAUACCGCCUGGAGCAUUAUACCGUGACGUCCAGCUGGCUGGCACUGGGGACAGUUUUCCUGUUUGGGCUCUUGUCGUUCUCCCGCUCUGUGGCUCUGUUCAGAGGAUAUCAUGGGCCCCUUGAUUUAUAUCCAGAAUUUUACAGAAUUGCCACAGACCCAACCAUCCACACUGUCCCAGAAGGCAGGCCUGUGAACGUUUGUGUGGGAAAAGAAUGGUAUCGAUUUCCCAGUAGCUUUCUUCUGCCUGACAAUUGGCAGCUUCAGUUCAUUCCAUCAGAGUUCAGAGGUCAGCUACCAAAGCCUUUCGCAGAGGGACCACUGGCCACUAGGAUUGUUCCCGCUCACAUGAAUGACCAGAACCGAGAGGAGCCUUCCAGAUAUAUUGACAUCAGCAAAUGCCAUUACUUAGUGGACGUGGAUACCAUGAGAGAAACGCCUCGGGAGCCAAACUACUCAUCCAACAGAGAAGAAUGGGUGAGCCUGGCCCACAGGCCGUUCCUGGAUGCAUCUAGGUCUUCCAAGUUGCUUCGGGCAUUCUACAUUCCCUUCCUGUCAGAUCAAUACACAGUGUAUGUGAACUACACCAUCCUGAAGCCUCGGAAAGCAAAGCAAAGCCGGAAGAAAAGUGGAGGUUAGCACACCCCUGUGGCUCCAGUGGACAGCCUGUGUUAACUAGGGGCUCCACUGAGCUGACUUCCUCCAAGGCAUCAUAUGCUGUAAUAAAGGUCGUCUGCCAAGAAUGCCAGAUCUCCGGUGCUCUGAGCUCGUCAUGGUGUAUCUCAAAGUCUAAUCAAAGUCAUGCACUUCCUGCUCCUGUGUCUCUUCUGCAUGUGAGCUUUCUGCAGAUAGGCACAGUCCUAACUCCUGGGGAGGUACACUGCCCCACUGCUCCUUGUUCUCCGAGUAGUUCUUUACUAGAGCGGAGAAGAGCAGAAUGUGCUCACGGGAAGAGCUGAGAAUCCUUGACUCGGUGUGUGCUAGCCUUUUCCACUUGCUGGCUUGGGUUCUGAGAACUCCCAAGCCUUCCUUAGGCUACGUGGUUUCCCUACCAAAGCUGUUUGGCAAAUGCCAGUGCUGAAAAGAAGCUCAGCCUCAUUGCCAGCCGGAUGUCCUUUACCCGCCAGCAAGACACAGCUUCUAAAGCGUCCACAGGACUAACACCCUGUCCCGAAGCUCAGGAAAAAGGCGACCACUGAAGAACUGUGACCUAAUCAUAUUAUUUAUGAUGCCUCUGAUUUUCCUUUUAUUUUCUUUAAAACUGGUCUUAAUUAUAUGGCUUUUUGGGAAGCGUUGUAAGAUUUUUUUGAUGUUUCAGCAUGCUAUAUCUUGAAUUCUAGAAUCUGUACAGAGACUGUAAUCUGUAGGGCAUCUUUGGAGGAAAAGUGAUCAACAGACUUGGUGACAACACACUUUAAAGUAGUGGAGGCCAUUUUGGGGAAAUUAAGAAUUCCUUUUUGUAACAUGAUAGCCCCAGUGAAAUGAAAAUGCUUUACUUCGGUUCUGCUGCAGGGUGUCCUCUAGUUGCACAGGCGUUGUCAAGAGCAACCCCAACAGGUGGGCCUGCCUGUAACAUCACCUCUUACAGCAUGGCACAGCCCGUAAGCCAUUCCCGUGUCUCAUUUGAUCCUCACAAGUAUUGUGAGGAAGACCUACUUCACAGACUCGGAAACAGAUGAAGGUGCAGGGGUGACGUCUCUCCAGUCCCGUGUGUGGGCAGUAGGUAACAUCACAGCUGUCUGACUUCUCAUGCUUGCACAACUGCCGUUGCCUCUCCACUCAUUGAUGAAGAAAGUGCUGCUUGAAAGGAGGAUGAGGUUGACCAGAGAGCCAAUUAGCUGUCAGUUCUUGGAGUUCUUGGAGUUCUGUGGCACCUGUGGUUUAGCCUUUCUUCUCAGCACUAUGUGUUAUUUCUGGCCCUUGCUUUGGAAGUCACAGGGUCUGCUGUACAGUGUUCUUGUCCCUGUGGGUCAUGUUAUUCCUUAAGGGUGUCAGGUUCUAGCAGUACAGAGAGGAAGAUCUGAUUUCCACAGUUUCCAUUUUUUCCUUUUAAAGAAAAUAACUUUCUAAUGUGAACCAGUCCCAGUGAAGAAGACAGAAAAUCAUGCAUGUGAAUGAGUCCUCUUGGGGGUUCUCCUCUAAAAGAAAAUCUGCUUGGAGAUGAGUGAAGCAGAGGUGAGGUGGUGGGCCCAGAUGGACAGAGUGACAACUGGAUAGGAAAGAUAGAUUUCAGCCCUACUGUGUGAAUGAUCCCUGAAGUGUCAUUUUCAGUGUUUGGUACUGAGUGUGAUGUGACUGAAGAAGUGAGAAUGUUUGAAAGCCACGGCACUGCAGGAUGACUUGGCGAUGGAGCUCAGUAGAGAGCUAUAAUCCGGGGGUGUGGCUGGGUGGUAGAGCAUGUGUUUACCAUGUGCAAGGACCUGGGUUCCAUUCCUAACAUAUGCAGACAUACACACCUACAAGUGGUAUCAAAUUGAGUGAUUUGAUUAUCUUACAUACCUGGAAAAUGUAAAGAUCCCAGUAGAGGUGCCUGACAUCAACCUAGGCCUCUCCAUAUACACACACGCAUGCACACAUACAUGCACAUAUGCAAACAUAGGUCCCCUGGAUGCAGAGAUUUCUUGGAAACAUCGGUUCCUAUCCCUUUGCAAAUCUCACUCUGGUUUUCUCCAUUCUGUUUUCUGCUGAGCGCGUGGUAUAUCUCAGACAAGUGCCUUUUAGCAGCCCACAGAGUUAGCUUCACAUGGGAAAAAGAAAGGUAUCUGAUCCACGGCUCCUGUCUUCCGCAAAGGCUGUUGUAUUGCAUGGGUACCGCUGCCCCAGCACCUAGACUAAGUACUUAUCUGUAGAUUGUUGCCAUAUCUGUAAUCUACGUACGGCUCAUAAAGGCCUUUGAUAGCAGGACAAGGUAAUGGGCAUGACUGUGUUUACCUGGCAAAUCUAGACUUCUCUGACCUCUGGCACUAAGUCGGCCUUAUUUGAACCUAAACCCCGUGACUCUGAGUGCCAGUAUUGACCCAGUCUAGGCAAUAGGAAUCCAUUUUCAAGGUCUGACUCUUAACCAUUUUCAUUAUUUGAUUAAAAAAAAAGAUGGUUUUUUUUUAAGAUUUUUUUUUUUUUUAUUAUUUAUAAGUACGCUGUAGCUGUCUUCAGACACACCAGAAGAGGGCACCAGAUCUUAUUACAGAUGGUUGUGAGCCACCAUGUAGUUGCUGGGCUUUGAACUCAGGACCUCUGGAAGAGCAGUCAGUGCUCUUAACCACCGAGCCGUCUCUCCAGCCCAAGACAGGUUAUUUUAAUCGCUUGGGAUAAUUGCAGAAAAUUGCAACCUGUACUCCUCAUUACUGAAUUCAGGCAUAGUAGCAGGUGUGAUUUUAAAUCAAGGUCGUUAUUGAUCACAAACUUAGGUCAUAUUUUCCUAGUCUGGCAUCCUGGGAAAGACCUUUGAAGUCCUUUUGUAAGAUACUAGGCAGCCACUUCACCAGAGGGAAACUUCUCAACGUAUUGUGCCUGCUAGGGUCCAGUGAAUGAGACUCAUUGUGCUUCUGUAACAAUCUGGCUAAUACCAGCCAUCUUGGCUUUUAGUUUUAUUUCUUUAAAGAGGAAAGGAGGCAAUUAUAUGUGAGUCUGCUGGGCUCCCACACAGAGUCCCUCAAGUAAAUAGCUGAAGUGGGUGUGUACUCAGCUUUAAUGGUCUGUAACAGGAAGAUCAAGGCUUCUGUGAGGUGUUGACUGGGUUUCCGGGCUUCGCUGUCGUAUCCGUAAAUCAGAAUGUUCCUUUAAUCUUCCCAGCCUCCGUGACCAUGCAAUUCUUGGUGGAGAUGACAUGAAGAAGCAGCGCAGUGCUGUCUGACACCAGUGUCAUCCAGUUCUUUCCUCUUCCUGGUCCUUGUGCUUUAUUUCACACAUCCAUAUUCGUUGCAUACUGACUGUGUUCUUGUGAGAGAAAACAUUAAUACAUUCGACAGUUUAGUUCUUUUGAGACAGGCUUCUCUGUGCAGCCUGGCUGCCCUGGAACUCACUCUAGACCAGGCUGGCCUCGAACUCAGAGACCCACCUGCCUCUGCCUCCCAAGUCCUGGGAUUAAAGGCGUGCACCACCAUCCCAGGUUCCACCCCCCUUUUCUAAGGCAUGUGCCACAGCUCUAGGCUCGGCUUCCCUUUUCUUUAGGUGACUUUUUUCUUUCUUUUUUUAGGUUUAUUUACUUAUUAUAUAUAAGUACACUGUAGCUGUCUUCAGACACACCAGAAGAAGGCAUCAGAUCUCACUAUAGACAGUUGCAAGCUACCAUGUGGUUGCUGGGCUUUGAACUCAGGACCUCUGGAAGAGCAGUCAGUGCUCUUAGCCACUGAGCCAUCUCUCUUUAAAAGGCAGGUGACCUUUUUCUUUUGCAUUCAGCUCCUAAUCUUCCUUGGGAAUUGGAAUGAGAGCAGCUGCCGCGUCCCUCUGCCGCUGCCCCAGUUCGUAGAUGACACUCCAGGUCAAAGGACUGAGAAACUUUGGGGAAGAAGCCUUCUGGAGUCACAGUGAAAGUAGGUUUGCUCCUCUCAGGAGAAGCAAAGCACAAAAGGAAUGUAUUUCUGAGCACUGUGCUGGAAAGACAAUGUGUGGUAGGCCCAGCUUAUCUCACGUGUGCGUAUCUGGAGUACUCCGGUCUAGUUUUCAUAAAAACCUCAAUCCAGUUACAGCUGACAUUUGGAUAAUUUCCCGCUUUGGGGAGGUGUUAGAUUUCCUUUCAUUCUUUAUUAUUUUUUUAUUGCCUAGCGAGUUUUUAAUGCCAUUUUCUUGUCGCUCUUCACAUUCAAUCUUGUCACGUGGUUCUGCAUCACUACUUUUAAUUUCUCUUCACACAUGACCCCGUGUGUCCUGAGACUUAAUUUGACUUAUUUCUUCUAUGUUAUUUGAGAUGCUUUUAUUAAUUUAACGCCAGGUGGGAGCAGGCCACUGCAGUCAUCAUUCUGUGUUGUGUAGGACACUGCUUUUCCCCUGUCCGUCUGCUUCCUUAUCUUUAGAACCAUGUCCAAGAACCACUCUCCACUUCAGACCUCUCUGAUGACUUCCUUUUCUGCCCUUUAUUAGGGUCAGGCAACCUGAAGCAGAACCCUUGUCAACCUGCCUCAGUGUUGAUUGGCGGUGUAAGCUCAAUGCUGUUGUAGUCCAGAGCUCAGGGGCCCCGUGUUUUUAAUCCCAUGCAUGUUUAUUGACAACUAAGAAAAGUAAAAGAAACCUUUUCACUAACAGGCAGCUCUUGCUUUCAGUUUGGCACGGACUUUUAAUUUUUAUUUUUCGAGACAGGGUUUCCUUCUAUAGCCCAGGCUGGCCUGGAGCUCAGUACGUAGCGGAGGCCAGCCUAGGAUUCACAGCAUUCUGCCUCCACCCGCCAGUGUUGUGAUCAUCAGCGUGAGUCACCACGCCUAGCAUCUUGGUCUGAAUUCUUAGAACAGAAAAUAUAACAAAUUACAAGUCUUGAGAUCUCAAAGGGCGACUUUUAAGUAAGCCUAUUAGUGUGUGUGCGCACGUGUGUGUGCGCGGGUGUGUGUGCGCGGGUGCGUGCUGUUCUGAACUCCAGGCUUUGUAAUGAGAGCACAUUCCCCAGGGUUGUGUCUAAAAAGAGCCACAAGGCCCUUCAUGAAAUACUUAUAUUUUUAUAUUUCCUGAUUUUGGAGGGCCAGACUUGGCACAGGUCACCUUUGGGACGAGCCUGGCUCAGAAACCUUCCUUGUGGGUGUGAGGAGCUAUCAGGUCCUUCCUGUCCCCUGUCCUGUGUUCAAACCUGCAGCCUGGUUUGUUGUCACACAUUCAGGUCAAACAUUAAGUAGCAAAUAAUAUUUAAGCUGGAAGCUGCCCUGGACCUCCCGGCUGUGGGAUUCCACCCAGAUCUGAGACUCAAACAAGUUCAAACUGACCCAUCUGAGCAAUGGGAUGGGAAACUCAGAGAAGGGACGUUAGGGCCUGGCGCUGGAGAGGCAAGGACAAGUGACCAUUUCCUGUGGGAGCCUUGUAAACGGAGCAGUGUGUGUUCAAAUGAGCAAUUUGGGUGUUGUAAGUGAACAUUUCAUUUCAGAGUUUUUUUUUUUUGGUCUUGAAAUUUAAGUGCAUCUUGAAUUAUCUUUAAAAUCAAGGUAAGUGGGGACCCUUGUUGACUUUUGGUUUUGUUUAUACUUUCUGGACUUCUGUAAUUUCUUACAUGCAGGUAAGAAGCAUAAACUAGGCAGCUUUUUGAUGGGCCUUAAGAGCCCGUUGAAGGGGACGGGCAGAUUUCCUCAGUGUGGGGCUUCUCAGGAGCCUGUCUCACCGGGUCCAGACUGCCCCUGCAGUGAGAAGGGCUCUGAUUUGCAGAAACGGUGGAGCAACUUGCUCCCUUAACCUCCAGUCAGUCCUUUAGCUCGCCAGUCAGCUGCAUUGCCAAAUACCAGUGGGGCCUCUUGGUUUAUUCACUGACUGUUUUAGAAGCGUUGUGCCCAACCCCGGAGAAAUCAUAACCAAUAAAGCAGCAGUUCAUAGCCAGAGCUGCACAUCUCCCUCACCGGUAAGGAGUUAGUGACUGGGCGAGCACAGGUAUUGCCAUUUAGAAAGCUCUAGAUGGUUUUCCUAGGGUGAGCCUAGAGUUCAACCCCACUGCCCUUGAUAACGGCUGGGUAAGCAUCACAUUGAAGACCACAGCUAGUGAAGGCGAGUGCUAAUGUCCUUUUCUAACUGCACCCCUAGUCUCAGGUUCAUAUUUGGGCCUCUCCCUUCGCUAGGCCUUACCUGUCCUGUCUUCUCUGUCCUCUGUCCUUUUUAUCUGGAAAAAGCAGUUAACAAAUGCGACACUAAUGCACAGUAAUGGAGCCUACUUGUCUCCUAUAAGGUUCAUUCUUUCCACUUAACACAUCUCUAGAAAAAAACAAAAAUGUUAUCGUCUGUGGAUUUAUGAAUUAGGAAAAGAAGGUUUGAGUAGGCAGACUCCACUUCACCCCAGGCUCGGCCCUGCUUUCCUCUUCAGGAUCCGUGAUGAGCAGGACCUUUGGGGUAAAAUGUGUGCCAUCUUCCCUUCUCAAGGCUCAGCCUGGAGCCGGCUUGGCUUGCCUGUCAGACACACUUAGCUUUCCUCUGGAGCCGAGUCCAGGGAGACCUCAUUUCCUUGUCUUGUUACAGGCUGCAGACAGCCCCUUUGCAGCUGCUGCUAGCUGUCCCAGGCUUGAGAGCAAAGGUUAAUCCCACUGAGAGAAGUGACCUGAAGCGUGUUCACUCAACCACUAAGAAGACACCAAGUACCACUCAGGAGCUCGUGGUACCUCUUUCUUGUUUAUAAACUGCGUGUCUCUUAAGUUUCCCUGGAAUCUUCUGUAGGGUGUUCCCAUUCUCUCCAGAGAAAUACUUGUGAAGAUACAUAGUGUGUCUGAGUGUGUCAUUUGGGAGAGAAUCUUAGAAACUUUGCUGAUGCUGCCUACUCACAUUUUCUUGGGCAACUUCAUAGUUUGUGAUGACUGGGUGUUCAACAGUGAGUGUUUGUGUGUGUGCACGCGCGCGCGGGCGGGUAUACAGUAAUGGAGAUUAAAUUCAUUGCCACACCUUUGCUUCAGUUUUAUCCUUCCGAGGGCUUAAGCUGUCCUGUCUAUAUAGCCAUCAUGGAGAAUCACCUGUUUCCAGCAGAGGGCGCCCCACUCUCACUAAAAAUCACAGAGUUCAUUUCCCUCCAGGAACUUAGUUGACUUGGUAGUUGCUGUAUUCCCAGCAUGUGUUGAAAUAUCCCAGCCGAGUGCUUUGAGACAUGUCCUUAUAUUGCCUCGUGCAUUUCUACAGCUGCAGAUGUCUCCUACGUAGACGAAUUGCCCGCCGCACCCACGAUCCCCCAGUUGGUAGGCAAUCUUGUAGGUUGCUACUUCUCUGUUAGUCUCAAUUGUAUUUGGUAUGUCCGUGAUUAUAUUUGUAGGUAAUAAAAAACAGUGUUCUUGAA